CUCCUCACUACUACUCUGUUUCUUACAACAACAAAGAAAAACACCACACACACAAAUUUUCAAAAUAAUUUCUUUCAUUUCUUUGAAACGAAACAAACAAUUUUGCUGCUGACGAUUUCAGAGAUUGCAAAACCAGAAUAGCGGAAAAAUCUUCUUUGCAAAGAGCAAGUUCUAAAGACCCAUCAACGAAUUUCAGUAUCUCUCUGCUAAAAAGUCUUUAUAGGUGCUAAGACGCAAAAAAGAUGAAUCCUGAGAAGAACACCCACAAGACCAAUGAGACUAUACUCGCGGCUAAUGAGUUAGCAACGACUGCUGGGCAUGCCCAAUUCACUCCUCUUCAUCUUGCUGUUGCUUUGAUCUCCGAUGCUAGUGGCAUCUUCAAACAAGCAAUUGCCAAUGCUGGUGGUGAAGAUGCCACCAAGGCAGUGGAGAGAGUGUUCAGCCAGGCAUUGAAGAAACUCCCAUCUCAAUCUCCUCCCCCAGAUGAGGUUCCAGCCAGCUCAAGUCUUAUCAAAGUAGUGCGCCGUGCCCAAGCCGCUCAAAAAACACGCGGGGACACGCAUUUAGCUGUUGAUCAGCUGAUUCUUGGCCUUCUUGAGGAUUCUCAAAUUGGGGACUUGUUGAAAGAAGCCGGUGUUCCUGCGGCGAAAGUGAAAUCAGAGGUCGAGAACCUUCGUGGGAAGGCAGGAAGGAAGGUGGAGAGUGCUUCUGGGGAUACCAAUUUUCAGGCUUUGAAGACUUAUGGGAGGGACCUUGUUGAGAUGGCAGGAAAGCUUGAUCCAGUCAUUGGCAGAGAUGAGGAGAUAAGGAGAGUUAUUCGAAUUCUCUCAAGGAGAACUAAAAACAAUCCUGUCCUUAUUGGAGAGCCUGGUGUUGGUAAAACUGCUGUGGUGGAGGGUUUGGCUCAAAGGAUUAUGAGAGGUGAUGUCCCUAGUAAUCUUGCUGAAGUAAGACUCAUAGCAUUGGAUAUGGGGGCAUUGAUAGCUGGAGCAAAGUAUAGGGGAGAGUUUGAAGAGAGAUUGAAGGCUGUAUUGAAAGAAGUUGAAGAGGCUGAGGGAAAAGUUAUACUUUUCAUUGAUGAAAUUCAUCUCGUUCUUGGUGCUGGUAGAACUGAAGGGUCUAUGGAUGCUGCAAACCUCUUCAAACCAAUGCUUGCGAGAGGGCAGCUAAGGUGCAUUGGUGCAACCACACUUGAGGAGUAUAGGAAAUAUGUGGAGAAAGAUGCUGCAUUUGAGAGAAGGUUCCAACAGGUGUUUGUGGCAGAGCCUAGUGUUGCUGACACAAUAAGUAUCCUUCGAGGUUUGAAAGAGAAGUAUGAAGGUCAUCACGGUGUGAGGAUUCAGGACAGGGCUAUUGUUGUUGCAGCCCAGCUCUCAAGCCGUUACAUUACAGGGCGCCAUCUCCCUGAUAAGGCAAUUGAUUUGGUGGAUGAAGCAUGUGCAAAUGUGAGAGUCCAACUUGAUAGCCAGCCUGAAGAAAUUGAUAACCUUGAGAGGAAGCGUUUACAGCUCGAAGUUGAACUUCAUGCGCUCGAAAGGGAGAAGGAUAAAGCUAGUAAAGCCCGUCUUGUUGAAGUACGGAAAGAGCUUGAUGAUUUAAGGGACAAGCUUCAACCUUUGAUGAUGAAAUAUAAAAAGGAGAAAGAAAGGAUUGAUGAGCUUAGACGACUAAAGCAGAAGCGAGAAGAGCUCUUGUUUGCUGUACAAGAGGCUGAAAGAAGAUAUGAUUUAGCUAGAGUUGCUGACUUGAAAUAUGGGGCGAUCCAGGAAGUGGAAGCUGCUAUAGCACGGCUUGAAGGAAACGCUGAUGAUAACUUGAUGUUAACAGAAACUGUUGGCCCAGAGCAUAUUGCAGAGGUUGUCAGCCGCUGGACUGGCAUACCUGUCACAAGGCUAGGCCAAAAUGAGAAGGCUAGGUUAAUUGGCCUAGCUGAGAGGUUGCACAAGAGAGUAGUUGGACAGGAUCAAGCAGUUGGUGCUGUUGCUGAGGCAGUAUUGAGGUCCAGAGCUGGGUUAGGAAGGCCUCAACAACCAACAGGUUCAUUCCUAUUCCUAGGUCCAACUGGUGUUGGUAAGACUGAACUUGCAAAGGCUCUUGCUGAGCAACUCUUUGAUGAUGAAAAUCUGUUGGUGAGGAUUGACAUGUCUGAGUAUAUGGAGCAACACUCGGUUUCACGGUUAAUUGGUGCUCCACCAGGGUAUGUUGGACAUGAGGAAGGGGGACAGCUCACGGAGGCUGUGAGGCGCAGGCCUUAUAGUGUAGUACUCUUCGAUGAAGUGGAAAAGGCACACAUCUCUGUAUUUAAUACUCUACUCCAAGUUUUAGAUGAUGGAAGGUUAACCGAUGGCCAAGGCCGUACCGUUGAUUUUAGGAACACUGUGAUUAUCAUGACAUCAAACCUUGGAGCAGAGCACCUCCUUUCUGGACUGAUGGGCAAGGUCUCAAUGCAAGUUGCACAUGAUCGUGUAAUGCAGGAGGUAAGGAAGCACUUCAGGCCAGAGUUGUUAAAUAGGCUGGACGAGAUUGUGGUAUUUGAUCCUCUUUCACAUGAGCAGCUGAGGAAGGUUGCUCGGUUACAAAUGAAGGACGUUGCAAGUCGGCUUGCUGAGAGGGGAAUUGCCUUGGCUGUAACUGAUGCUGCUUUGGACUUUGUAUUAGCAGAAAGUUAUGAUCCGGUUUAUGGUGCUAGACCAAUCAGGAGGUGGCUGGAGAAGAAGGUUGUGACAGAGCUGUCAAAAAUGCUUAUAAGGGAAGAGAUUGAUGAAAACUCAACUGUGUACAUAGAUGCUGGGCCUAAUGGGAGUGGAUUGGUGUACAAGGUGGAGAAGAAUGGAGGGUUGGUUAAUGCAGCCACUGGUCAAAAAUCAGAUGUUUUGAUCCAAAUCCCUAAUGGGGCAAGAAGUGAUACUGCUCAAGCAGUAAAGAAGAUGAAGAUAGAAGAAAUUGAUGAUGAUGAUGAUGAGAUGGAUGAGUAAAGUGUUUCCUUAGGAAAAAGAAAAGUGUGUAGUCCUAUGCAUCCCUAAAGGGGAUAGUUAAUGAGCAUUUUGCGGUUUCUGUAUUUGAAUGUACUUUUUUGGUUUUUGCUUUUCCUUGUUUUAAAGUACUGCCGAAUGAUGAAAUGCAGUGGGGAGUUCCUCCCAUGUAUUGUCUACUGAAAUAUAUAAAUGGUCCUUUUUUUUU